AUGUCAAAGAAUCACACAUCAAUUAUUUUCUUAGUUACUCUAUUAUUACUUUACGUUCCGAUUUACGUGUUCUGCACUCCAUUACUCAACCUUCAAGACUCCGAAUCUAAGGAUUCUACCAUUUUGUUAUUGGAUCAUUUCAUUUCCGUAUCCCAUAAACAUCCACCACGUUUACCGUAUCCUAUACCGACACCAAAACCAAAACGAGCCUAUGUAAAAUUUACUAGUCCACCUGAUGUAACAAAUGGCACAAUUGUUUUUUGGGAAACAUCAAAAAAUAAGACUUUAGUAGCUGGUCAAUUCAGUAGUGGAUUUUCAGAAGGUGAUGAAAAAGAGUAUACAUUUAAAGUUUAUAAUGAAACUUCAGAAAUUAUAGAUUUAAAACCUGAUGAUGAUACUUUUGAUAAAUUAUUUAAAAUUCGUCCUAAUGGUUCUACUGAUUUCUUUUUAUUUAUUUUUGAGACUCCUUUAGUAACUGGUAAAAAUAGUGUGGUUGGAAAUUAUUUGGUGAUUGGACGACCUGGAUCUUUGCUUGGUAAAAAUAUAGUUGAAAGUUUAGAAAAAUGCGCAUGA